UGCAAAGCGCGCUAAGUAAAAUUACUUUUAUAACGAGUUAGCAAUGGAACGUUGGCAAAAUCGAGUUGCAGUGGUCACCGGUGCCAGUUCUGGCAUUGGCGCUGCUUGUAUGAAAUAUCUCGCGAAUAAUGGAAUGGUUGUAGUGGGCCUGGCACGACGCAAAGAACUCAUGGACGCUCUGAGGGACCAAGUCGAACCAGAGGCGCGCGCUCGCGUUCAUGCCAUUCGUUGUGAUUUGCGAGACGAUCAACAGAUUAUCGCUGCAUUCAAGGAAAUCGAGUCCAAGUAUGGACCUGUUGCGGUGCUUGUAAAUAAUGCGGGCACUUUGCGCGUAAUGAAUUUGGUGAAUGAGAACAACUCGCAGGAUGUAAAUGAUGUGAUCAACACUAAUGUAUUGGGUGUAGUCAAUUGUACGAGAGAGGCAUUCCGCUCCAUGAAAGCCAACGGCGGUGAUGGGCAUGUUUUCAUGAUCAACAGCAUCUCGGGACAUACUGUGCCUAGGAUACCGAAUCAUUCUCUAAAUAUUUAUGCGCCUACGAAAUUUGCGGUGACGGCAAUGACGGAGGUUUAUAGGCAAGAAUUUUUGAAUCAAAAUACGAAAGUUAAAGUGACGAGUAUAAGUCCCGGUGCUGUAGAUACAGAAAUCGUACCAAUGGAAAUGAAAGCUGCUUUGGAAACUCUACCAUUUUUGCAACCGGAAGAUAUAGCUGAUGCUUUGCUGUACAGCCUUCAGACACCUCCUCAUGUGCAGAUACACGAAAUGAUUGUUAAACCAAUUGGAGAACUAUUUUAAACAAGGAAGUUCACAAUGUGCAAUUGACAUGUAAAUUUUAUAACAGACUCAAUAGAAAUAUAUCCCAGAGA